GCCAUGGAAACAGAGGAGCAGGCCAGGAACCGCUUCCAGUCGGAGCUGGAGUUCAUUCAGUGUCUGGCCAACCCAAACUAUCUGAACUUUUUGGCCCAGAGAGGUUUCCUGAGGGAGAGAAGCUUCAUUAACUACCUGAAGUACCUGCUCUACUGGAAGGAGCCGGAGUACGCCAAGUUCCUCAAGUACCCACACUGCCUCCACAUGCUGGAGCUGCUGCAGUACGAACACUUCCGGAAGGAGCUGGUGAACGCUCAGUGCACCAAGUUCAUCGACGAGCAGCAGCUGCUCCACUGGCAGCACUACUCCAGGAAACGCACGCGGCUGCAGCAGGCGCUCGCCGAGCAGCAGCCGCCGCAGCAGCAGGCGCCGCCGCACGCCAACGCCGCCGCCAAGUGACCGGGGCGCCGGAUCUGUGGCUGUUUGAGACGGAGGAUGUUGUGGUUUUUUAUUUUCCAUUAACAAAGAAGCAUUUUGGAUUCAGAUCCCUGGAAUACGACCUGAGAGAGACAUCAGUGGUGUAUUAUAUUUAAAUGUAAAGUGAUAUCAAAUUAAAUGAAAUACGUUAUUUAAUAUAUCAUAUGAUAUAGAAAAAUACUAUAAAUCAUAGCAUGAAAUGUUAUGUAUUGUAGUAUAUUGUAAUACAAUCUGCUAAACGACUAGUAUUACAUUAUUUUAUAUAGUAUUUAGAAAGUGCACUAUUAUGAAAUGAUAUCAUUUUAUAGUUGAAUGUAUCAAAUAAUAGUAUCUAGACUCAUGUUGUAUAAUAUUUUAAAACGUCAUUUAAUAUGAUAUCAUAUUAUACAUAUUAUAAUAUGCUUAAUACUGAUGCUCUGUGCCGAUCUUCAGCUCGUUUGAACUUUUCUCAAUAAAUAAACGGAAGGAUUUUGUGUGUCGUUCCGUUUUCUCCUGAAGCUCCAACAUCUUUAUUUUUUAAUAACAGAAGAUUCAGUUUCAUGAUCAUUUUUGGUAUAAAUAUUUUGAAGGAUUCAACUGUUUUGACUUUGUUGUUAAUAAAAUGUUGGAUA